AUGAGGUGUAAGAAACAUCUUUCCGAUUUGAGUAGCGUCGUCGGCGUUUGCGCUACUUGUCUUCGUGAAAAGCUUUUCGUUCUCAUCGAGGCCCAAGCCCAUCUUCAGCAAGCGCAAGAGCAACGCCGGAGUUCCAACGCCGAUCCCGCCGCCGCGCGUAUUGUUUUUCCUCAAUCCGUUUCGCCGUAUGCCUCUCGCCGGGAAUCUGAUACCGCCGCCACCUGGUGCCUCAGCCGGCAUGGCUUGGCGGAUCAGAGAUUCCAUGCUACUCCGCAAGUGGGCCCAACUGGAGAACUAAUUUCCGGGAGCGAGUAUGCCAAUAAGAAGGAUAAGAAGAAGAAUUCUAGGUUUUCGUUGUUUUAUCAUAUGUUUAGGUCUAAAUCGGGUGAUCUGGAUUCGGAUUCGGAGCGCAGGGUGUCGAAUUCGGAUGAUCGGUGUAACACUAUGCCGUCGUCGUCUCCGUCGUGGUUCUCCACAAUUGUCGCAGGUCGUCGGGGGAGGAAAACGCGGUCGCUUUCGUUAGACGAAGCUACGGUCGGAGUGAGGCAGAGAACUCUCCGGAAUUGCGACAGAGGAAUGUCGCCGGCUAGGUACUCCGAUGAGGAGAACGAAGAGGAUUCGAGCGGGCAGUCGUCGCCAGCGUGGAAACAGACACCGAGAAGGACUCCGGCGUAUCAGAGAGGCGGCGGCGGCGGCAAAGCUGGUCUCAGCCGGAACGCGUUUUGUUUGAGUCCAUUGGUGUGGGCCAGCCCUAACCAACGGUGGAGUCAGAAGGGGAUGCAGCCGCCGGAGAUGGCGUAUCCCGGCGAGAUUAGAUCUCCCGCGAAGUCCCGCUUCCAUAAUGCGACGUCGUUCUGCAAGAACAGAUCGAGAAAACUUGCGGAUUUCGGAAGGUCCCGUCACAACCACUGA